AUGGAUAAGAAAAAACGAAUUUUAACACCCUCCGAUAGAUUGGUUUUUAAUGAAAAAUCAAAACACGCAGCCCGAAGUCGACGUGAAAAAGAAAAUUUGAGUUACGCUGAACUUUCGAAGUUAUUACCCCUACCGGAAACGAUUUCCGAUAAAUUAGAUAAAGCUUCAGUUGUGAAAUUAACAUCAUCCUACUUAAAAGCGCGAGAAAUUUUAAUGGAAGAUUACCGAUACAAAUCGAAUCUCCACGAUGAAGCACCCCUCCCAUUUGAUUUUAUAAAAACCUUGGACGAUUUCUUCAUCUUAUUAGAUCAAAACGGAAAGAUUGCUUACAUUUCGGAGAAUGUUAUGAAGCAUUUAGGCCUUCCCCAGCUCUCUUUAAUGGGAUCAAAUGUUUACGAUUACAUUCAUUUGGGCGAUCACGACGAAUUGAUGAGGAUAUUAUCGCAAUUUAUGCACUGUCAAAGCCCGUAUAAGAUAGAAAAAUCGUUUUGUUUACGAAUGAGAUGUGCUUUGGCGAAAAGAAGCGCCGGUUUAAUGAAUGGAUUAUUUAAGGUGAUUCAUUUUAAUGGAUAUCUUAAGAACGAUGUUAAAGGAAAUCCAUGUUUAUUGGCGGUUGGAAAGUGUUUAACAACUUCACCAUUAACGUCGGUUCAUUUAAAUUGGAAUACUUUCAGUUUUCGAGUCGGAUUGGAUUUAAAAAUAAGUUUUAUCGACGACUGGAUCCAAAUGAUGGGAUAUAAACCACUUGAAUUGGUGGAUAAAAGUUUGUAUGAUUACGUCCACGCCCAAGAUGUUAAAUUUUUAAGGCUAUCUCAUCAACAAAGUUUAGUAAAGGGGCAAUCGAUAACUAAAUAUUACCGAUUUCUUUGUAAAUUUGGAGGCUAUAUUUGGCUACAAUCAGAAUUGGUUGUUAUUUAUAAAUUAAAAGUGAAACCACACUCAAUUAUAGCUUUAAAUCAUGUUAUAAGUGGCAUUGAAGAAGGAAAUUUAAUAUUAAGUAAUAACCAAAAGAAUUAUCACCCCGAACCAAGUUUACCCAACAAUCUAAAUAAUAAACACGAAGACUGUAUGUUACCAACAACCCUUUCGUAUCUAAUAGAAAACCACGAAAUCAACACUUAUUCUACUACAACAGAAACCCAUCCAGGAGUUUACGAAGACAUCACAAAAGUUGAAGUUUGGAACGAGGUUUUUCAUAGUUUGCAUAGCGUCCAAGAAAGUAUGGAUCAAUAA